AUCUACUGCUAGGUGUAGUCUUCACUGCAUAUGCACACCUAAAUAUUUGUGUACGAGAACAUCGCCUGGGAGCCGAGCAGAAAUCCACAGCCAGCGCCAAGUUCCUCGACUGAUGGCACUAAACAAGUUCUCACUUCUUAUCCUGGACCCUACAUUCUUUCGCUAAAGUAGUUCGCCGACCUGGUUGGUGGAUUAUGGCCUCGGAACCCCGUGGUGUGCUGCCUCCUUUAUCUAUAUGAUGGACGACGCCCCAGCUAGAUGCUCCCUAUACUCGUUCCCCCACUUGCCGGUACAUAUACCCGCCUAGCUCAGUUUCCCCGAAACUUCAUACAUCAUCAUCGUCAUGUCGUCUUCGUCGUCCCAGAUCGAGGUCGACUCGGAUACGAGCGAUUAUGAUUACGAAACUAGUUUCAAUUCGAGCACUGCGAGUCUCACGAGCAGCAUAAACGAAUACAUCUUUGGAGCCGAUGGCCGUCGCUACCAUGCGUACUUCGGACCCGAGAAGAACCUGCUGCCGACGGACGAGAUCGAACAGGACCGCCUCGACAUGUACCACGAGAUCAUGCUCCAGCUCCGCUCGGAACUGCACCAAUCGCCACUGGCCGAGCCCCACAACAUCCUCGAUGUCGGUACUGGCACCGGAAUCUGGGCCAUUGAUAUGGCCGAUAAGUACCCCAUGGCGCAGGUCAUCGGAAUCGAUCUCACUCCUAUUCAGCCGAAGUGGGUUCCGCCUAACUGCAAAUUCGAGGUCGACGAUGCCGAGCGAGAAUGGACGUUCAAGCCUGACUACUUUGACUUUAUCCACGCCCGCACUGUCUCGCACAGCAUCGGUGACUGGCCCAAGCUGCUCUCGCAAGCCUACAUCUGCUGCAAACCAGGCGGCUUCGUCGAGCUCCUCGAGUUCGAGAUGGCCACGUUCUGCGACGACGGAACGAUGGCGGACGACAACCCGAUGAAAGUCUUCUUCGACCUGCUCGCCAAAGCGCUGGCGAAGAUCGGACGUCCCGGUGUGACCACCGCGUCGCUGAGAAAGAACCUCGAAGACGCUGGCUUCGUCGAUAUCAACGUCAUCCAGACCAAGCAGCCGAUCGGCGCGUGGCCAAAGAACAAACGCAUGAAGCAAAUCGGAGUGAUGACCAUGGUGAACGGAGAAACCGCCUUCAACGCGUACGGCUACCAAUCGUUCACGCGGAUCCUUGGGAUGGGCCACGACGAGGCCGAGAAGAUCUGUAAGGAUGCUGUCGAAGCCAUGUCCAACCGGAACUACCAUCUCUACUUCAUGAACGAUGUUGCGUAUGGACGGAAGCCGAGGGAGGAUGAAUGUUAAGCCGUAGCCACGGUGGGAAAGACGCGUCACGUGUGCGAGGAGUGACGAGUGACGGCUGCCGACGCGGAGAUAUGUAGAUGUCAAUGAGCUCCGUAGUUAAUCGAUUCCAAAUUACUAUCCAGGG